AUGUCUGACUUCUCGGAAUCCAAGCAGCAGUUGCAGGAGAAUAAGAAACAGCGGGAGGAGGAGGAGACGAUGCGUGCCCGAAGCCGGAGUUAUGGCCGGAGCCGGGCGCGUGGCCGAAGCCGGAGCCGUGGUCGGAGCCAUGACCAGAGAAGUGCCAGAAGCCGGAGUCAUGGCCGGAGACGUGCCCGAGGCCGAAGCCGGAGCCGUGGCCCUGACAGUGGUCGGAGACAUGCCGGGAGCCGCCAUAGCGGUGCCCAUAGCUAUAGCCGGGGCCAGAGUCGGAGCCCGGACUGCGACCCCAGGUCCCAGCGUCAUACACGGCCUUGUGCCACCGGCCCUGCAAAGAAGGUGUACAAGUACUGGGAUGUGCCGCCCCUUGGCUUUGAGAACAUGACUCCCAUGCAGUUCAAGGACCUGCAAGCUGCUGGUGAGAUUUCGGCCUCCACUUGCCACACCAAGACUUCGGAUGAGAUCCCGAAGCUGUUGCCCAUGGUCUACACCCAUAAAACCAGACAGGCCCGCCGCCUUUUUGUGAGCAACAUCCUUGAGAGGACCGUGGAGCAUGACCUGAUGCAAUUCUUCAAUGCCCAUAUGACCAUGGGGGGGCUGAGCCAGGCCCCUGGCAACCCGCUGUUAAUUGUGCAAAUCAACCAGGAGAAGAAGUUUGCCUUUUUGGAGUUCCGCUCCGUGGAUGAGACCACCCGGGCCUUGGCCUUGGACGGCAUCAUCUUCCAGGGUCAGGCAUUGAAGAUUCGCAGACCGCAUGAUUACCGGCCUCUCCCCGGCGUUGCGGAUGUCCCUUCCAUCUGUGUGCCUGGCGUUGUGUCCACUGUGGUCCCUAACUCUGACCACAAACUCUUCAUCGGGGGCUUACCCAACUACCUAAAAAGCCACGAAGUGAAGCAGCUGCUGUCCUCUGUCGGGCCUCUCAAGGCCUUCAACCUGGUCAAGGAGGACCUCACCGGGUACUCCAAGGGCUAUGCCUUCUUUGAGUACCUGGAUACCAGUAUCACUCCAAUGGCCAUCAGCUUGCUGAACGGGGUGAAGAUGGGGGGCAAGAAGUUGCUGGUCCAGCUGGCAAGCGUGGGCGCUAGGAGGAGCACACCGGUGAGUUCGCCAAGGACCCUGCGCAAGGCCCUCAUUGCCAAACCAGCAGAGGAGCUUCAGAAUGCCGAGGUGCAGCUCCCCACCAAAGUGCUGUGCCUCGAGAACAUGGUGCUGCCCAAGGAGCUGCAGGACGACGAAGAGUACCAGGAAAUCCUGCAGGAUGUGCGCCAGGAGUGCAGCAAGUACAGGGCGGUCGAGUCCAUCGAUAUCCCCUGCUCCCGGCGCAGCCUCCAGGGUCUAAGCGUCAGAAAGAUCAUCGUGAAGUUCAGGGCUGUGUUGGGCUGUCAGAAAGCCAGGCAGGGCCUGACCUGCUGCAAGUUUGCUCACCGAAUGAUCGCCGCUGAAUAUUGUGACCCAGAUGCCUACAACCGCGUGGACUCUAGGUUGAGGGGAAGCGAAGUGACAGUGGACUGCAACUGGAAGGACACAGAUGGGAUGAGGUGGCAGAAGGGGGAUGGGAAGUAG